AAGAGACGUCAUAAGGACUUUUCGUAAAGUAAUGAGAACUAAUUUUUGAAACUUAAAUAACGUUGACACAAGGCUCUACAAGAUUUUGAUUAGAUUGAAUUAGUAUAAAUAUAAAAAUUGUCCAAUCAAAAUUCAAUAAAGGAAGAAUAAUGAUAUGUUGAUUAAAACAAGAGGAAACGAAGAAGCUAUUGUAAUAAAUAGCAAAUUAUUUUGGCGCACAACGUACGAUAAUCAAUUUAAACAAUCGUAACUGAUUUAAUGUACUGUUAUAAAGAUCUUAUCUUAAUUUAUGAUUGCAUGCUGUCAUGAUCUUAUCAGAAACGAUAGAUAACAUCCAAAUGAUAUUCUUUUAAGUGGAAGAAUAUAGACCAAAUGCAUUUAUAUAUUAUUUCAAUACGCGUGUGACAGACAAUAUGUGUAUUUUAUUUAUUUAUCGAAAUCCUAAUGCCGACGCUAAAUCUUAUCGGCUAAUCCUCGCUGGAAAUCGUGAUGAAAUUUUUAAACGCCCAGCAUUACCUGCACAUUAUUGGAAGGAAUAUCCUACAUGUUUAGGAGGUAUUGAUAUGGAACCUGGCAAAGAAGGUGGUACUUGGUUUGCGUUAUCAAUAAAAGGAAAAGCUGGUAUCAUUUUAAAUCUAAGUAAUGAACCAGGUAAUAGUAAAUCUCCAAAAAAGGGCCGUGGAACUUUAGUAAAUGAUUACAUUACUUCAAAUGAUUCUGCAGAAUCUUAUCUAAAAAAAUUGCACAGUGAAAAUCAAAUUACUCAAGGCUAUAAUCCAUAUAAUUUAAUUCUUAUAAAUUUGUAUACUGCCGAUGUGUAUUACUUAAGCAGUUCUUUAAAUUCUUCAGGACCAAAAAUAUGUCAAGACAAUAUAUUAGGUUUUGGUAAUAGUACAAUAGAAUGUCCUUAUAAAAAGGUGGAAGCAGGAAAAGAAAGUUUUUCAAACAUUGUUCAUAAUAUUAAAACUUCAGAUCAAGAUGAACUUAUCGAAAACCUUUUGCAACUUUUAAAGUCACGAGAAAGACAUUUACCAGAUCUUGAAUUACAAAAAAGAUCGCCAAAUAUGUAUGUUGAACUCAGUUCCAUUUUUGUUUCUCUUGCUGAUUAUAGUACAAGAACCCAUACUAUAUUAAUGAUUGAUGGUUUAAAUCAAAUGACCUUUGUAGAAGAAACUCUUAUGCCGGAUUUUUCAUGGAAGCGGCAAUCAUUUAACAGUACUUUAAUUACUAAUUAGAGGAAUUCACUUUAAUAAUCAGUCACAUUUUUAUAAAAUGUGACACUUAUAACUCUUCAUCUGAGAAAUAAAUACAUUGAUUAAUAAA